UCGCCAAGACCUUGUCCGCUACGCAAGGACGCAGGUCGCAGCCCCUACACGAAAAGCCUCCCGCCAUUUCCAAACGAACGCGGCCGCAGGAAAGUUCGCUUCUAAUUUAAAAAUAUAAAAAGACAAAAUAUAUUAAAAGAAACACAGUAAACUAAGUAAUUUUUAAACGUCGCUGAUAUUCCCUAACUCAAAUUAGGAAUUAGGAAAACAAAAGAUUAAGCGCUGUGUUGUGAGAAUAAUAUAGUGAAACGAAGAAAAAUUGGGAACCAGGAAACAAAAGGAAAAAAAUGAAAUUUUGAUUAUAGUGCCAAGUAUGAAAAUGGUCGUGCACAGUGUUGCCUUCAAACUGUUCUUACCAAUACUUCUACUGUGUAGUUGUUUAGCAGCUACUUCCCACAUAAGCAAUGAUACAAUAGCAGACGAUAUCCGCCAACCGCGUGUUAGCGGUCGUAUAGUGAAACUUUACACUGGGCCUAGACCAGAACCAAUCUAUUGUUCUGGAGAAGGAUUUCAGCCCGAUCCAACCAAUUGUGCUACCUUUUAUAGAUGCGUAAAGUCAUCGACUCAAAAAUUUACCGUCUUUCGUUUUCAAUGUGGACCAGGAACCGUUUAUGAUCCUGAAACGGAAGUCUGUAACCACCCACGUAGCACUAAACGAUCUGAAUGUUGGGACAAUGCUUCAUCAUCUCCAUCUACAGCAAAAUACCAAGAAAAUGAAAUACCAAAAGAGUGGUUUCCAACUGAAUUACCAUCACCAAUCAGUACCAGUAAACCACUGUAUCCAGAUGAACAUCUAAAAGAAACUAUACCUGCAUCUUAUCCCUGGACAACUCCUAUAAUAAUACCAGAUAGUUUAAAUUCAGGUUAUCUGUUGGGUCCUGCUAGCGCUCAAAAAACAAAACCAAGUUCUCAAGGAAACGAUCAAUGUACAUCCGAUGGGUUCAUGGGUGAUAGCGAAAAUUGUCGUAAAUUUUAUAGAUGUGUUGGCAAUCAACGAGGAGGUUUCAUAAGGUACGAAUUUUCAUGUAGCGAAGCCACUAUUUGGGAUGACGAUAUACGUAGUUGUAAUCAUCCUUGGGCUGUACGAAAAAGAAGUUGUGGAAGGAGUAAUUUCGAAGACAAUAAAUCUCGAGAAACUACUAUGGAGCCAUCAAACAAUGUUGAUUCUUCAAUUUCAAGUUCUCAACAACAAACACAGUUAAGUUACGGUUCCAAAGUCAGCCAAACACAAACUCAGAUAAGUCACGGAUCUGUUAUUCAAAACCAAACCCAAAUUAACUACGGAGAUAGAAAUAAAAAACAAAAUGAAGAAUCAAAACAAAAUCAGACUCAAAUCAGUUACGGCUCCGCUAUCAGUCAAACUCAAACUCAAAUUGAUCACGGAAACAAAGCAAUUCAGACACAAUUACAGAUUGACCAUUCCAAAGACGCUAGUCAAUCACAAACGCAGGAAUAUGAAACCACCUCAAAGAGUCCAACAACUCAAGAUGAAAAUCAAAGUGGCCAAAGUGACACAGAACAAAGUGACACACAAACACCCUCUAACAACUAUAAUGAAAAUAAAUGUACAGAAAGCGGUUUCAUGGGAGACAAAAACGAUUGUAAAAAAUUCUACAGAUGUGUUGAUAACGGGAAAGGUGGGUACACUAAAUAUGAUUUUACUUGUGGAGAAGGAACAGUAUGGGACUCUGAAAUAGAAGCUUGUAACCAUGCAUGGGCAGUAAAAAAAUGUGGUAGUCAAGCUCCUGAAACGUCUUCUCAAAAUACUGUUACAAAUCAACCCACACUAAGUACUCAACAGCAAACAACUACUACAGAAGAAGAGGAAGAUGUUGGAUAUGGGAAUCAAAAUCAACAACCGCCUCAGACAUCGACGACAACACAAAAUCCAGCGGUCAAUGAUAACAAUCAAAAUAAACCCGAGCAGAUUACAUCAACAAAACGACCCCCUGAUCAAUCUGACGGUAAUGAAUGUCAUUCCAGCGGUUUCAUGGGAGACAAAAAUAACUGUAAAAAAUUUUAUCGAUGUGUGGAUAAUGGUAAGGGAGGCUAUACUCGAUAUGAAUUUUCUUGUGGAGAAGGUACGGUAUGGGACAGGCAGAUCGACACUUGUAAUCAUGCAUGGGCGGUUGAGAAAUGCGGUGGUGAAGGCUCAUCAGAUAUUCAAAAAGAACCAACUUCAAGCACUCAGCCAACAAUGAGUGACGAGUACGUGGAUACAAGUCAAACGACACAAACUGAAAAAGGGCCCGAGGAAGGUACAGAUGAAGGUUACAAUCAGCCGUCUCCAUCUACUACUUCUACUACACAAGCACCUUAUGUAUCAAGUAAUAACAUUUGUACACAAGAAGGAUUUGUAGGAGACAAGAAUAAUUGCAAAAAAUUUUAUAGAUGUGUUGAUAAUGGAAAAGGAGGUUAUAUUAAAUAUGAAUUCACAUGCGGUGAAGGCACAGUUUGGGAUCAAGAAAUAUUGGGUUGCAACCAUGAUAGUGGUAGUAAACAAUGUAAAUCCUCUCAACAAUCACAAUCUAAUUCCACUUCUGAGGGAAGCACAGAAAAUGAAGUUUCUACUAUGCCAUCUUCUACGGAGAAUCAGCAAACUACACAGAAAACUGAAUCACCACCACAAAGUUCCAGUGGUCAGUGUACGUCUGAAGGAUUUUACGCUAACCGAGACGAUUGUAAGAAAUUUUACCGUUGUGUGGAUAACGGUAAAGAUGGAUUUACUAAAUAUGAUUUUUCUUGUGGGGAUGGUACAAUUUGGGUUCAAGAAAUUCAAGCAUGUGAUCAUGAUAAUGAUCUUUCUACUUGCAGUAGACCAAAUAAUAAUAGUCCUGUAACAACCACAACACAAGCUACCGAUGAACAGGCAGGUACUUCAGAUACAUCAUUAUCUACUACUACUAUAAGGCAAUCUCAACAACCUAACAAAGAAGACGAUGAAUAUCCCAGUGAUAAUUCUAGCGAAUCCCCAACUUCAGAUGACGAAUGCACCUCAGAAGGGUUUUAUCCAAACACAAACGACUGUCGACGUUUCUAUCGCUGUGUAGACAAUGAUAAUGGUGGAUAUACGAAAUAUGACUUUAGUUGUGGGGAAGGCACAGCUUGGGAUUCUGAAAUUGAAACUUGCAAUCACAUUAAUGAGGUGAAAGGUUGUCAAAGUCAAGAUACGCAAUCGAAUCCAAUGCAAGAUGAAGACUCGACCCAGAGUUCUAGUACUAGUUCCGGAGAUGGUACUGAAAGCUCCAAACCGACAAAUAACGAUUCUUGUGAACAAGAAGGAUACUACGGCAAUUCCGAAGACUGUAAAAAAUUUUAUAGAUGUGUUGAUAAUGGAAAGGGUGGUUUUACCAAAUACGACUUUGAUUGUGGAGAAGGAACAAUUUGGGAUCAAGAUAUCACAACGUGUAAUCAUCCUCAAGAUGUUUCAAAUCCAUCUUGUAAACAAAAUGACAGUAGUACGUCAUCUACUACAAGUUCAACAACAACAAGCUCAUCAAUUGAUCAAUCAUCAUCUAGUACUACGGAAAAUAAUAAUGGAUCAUCUGAUUGUUCCCAAGAAAAUUCAUCUAAAAAACCGGCAAAUAAAAAUGUGAACUGUACUGAAGCUGGAUAUUAUGCGGAUCCUGACGAUUGUAAAAAAUUCUACAGAUGUGUUGAUUGGGACGGAGAUGGCAAGAGAUUCUCAGUAUAUCACUUUGAAUGCGGUGAGGGUACAAUUUGGGAUCCUGCUCUCGACACUUGCAAUCACGAAGACUCUGUUUAUCCCUCAAGGGAUUGCAAUGGAUCACAAACACAAGCUGAAACAGUGGAACAAGAAUCCACAACGACAGAAGAACCUAAGCAGGAAGAAACUACAACGCAACAGUUUACUACCGAGCAAAGCACAACAGAACAAUCAACUACCACAAAGAAAACUACUGAGAGCAGUCAAGAAAACACAACUGCGCAAAAUGAACAAACCACAAGUGCUGAACAAACUACCGAACAAACCACUACACAACAAAUGACUGAACAUACUGAUCAAACAACAGAACUAGCUGCUACUACUCAGCCAACAACUGAAGAGCAAACAACUAGUCAGCAGAUGACAGAACAGACUACACAAGAAUCUACAACAAGCCAACAGACAACAUCAGAAGAAUCGUAUACUACGGAAAGCAAUGAUCAACAGAGUACCACAGAACAGUCAACAGAAAGCACUACUCAACAAUCGACUACGGAGAGCGAAACUGAAGAAAGUCAAACUGAAGAAAGUCAAACUGAAGGAAGUCAAACUGAAGAAAGUCAAACUGAAGAAAGUCAAACUGAAGAAAAUGAAACCGAUGAAAAUCUAACUGAAGAAAAUCAAACUGAGGAAAGUCAGACCGAAGAGAGUCAGACAGAAGAAAGCGACAGCACAACAGAAAGCAGUUCAUCUUCAGAAAAAGAAUGUCCUGAAACAGAUGAUGACCAAAACUUGUUCGUUUGUCCAACGUCUUUCAAGAGACAUCCUAAGUAUUGCAACCUAUUCUAUCAGUGCACAGUAGAUGAUGAUACACAUGACUCAAACAUAGCUACGUUCCAUUGUCCUAAUAAUACAAUAUAUGAUGAAAGUCAAGUAAAAUGUGUAGAAGAAGACAAAGCAGACAAGAAAUGUAAUGGUGAAAUAGCGCAAAAGCGAAGAUAUAAACGUCUGGACACUAAGCACAAAGAACCUAUUGUGGUGACAGAGGAAAGAUUGAAAUGCCCAACAGUUGGUUACUUUCCUUUCGAAAAGUAUGAAUGUUCAACCGCUUUUCUUAAAUGUCAAAAAUCAAAGGUAGAUAAAAUUCGAGGCUACAUUUACCAGUGCCCACAAGGCUAUGUCUACUGGUCGGUUAGCAGAAGAUGCGAACUUAAACGUAAGGUAAGAGACUGCAAGCAUUCUUAUAAUAAUUGGAAUGGAAGAUGGGACAUACCAAUUGAGAGAAGAAACGUGGCACCAUAAAUGAAAAGGAGAUGUAAUUAAAACAAAACAUUAGAUGUAACGAGUUCAAGAUUAUGCAACAAUAUGCAUUCGUGCAAUAAUUGCCAACGAUGUAGAAGGAAAUAUGUGUAAGAUGUAAAUAAAGUACAUUUAAUGUCCUUUACAUUUCUUAGCUUUAGUUUUUGUCGCCACUCUGUAUUGUUUAACGAUGUAUUAAUAAAGUACAUUUGCAGCCAUCGUUUACUAUAUAAGAAACAUUAAAAAAAAGAAACAUUUUAUAAUAAGAAACAUUUAAAAUUUUGAUUUAUGACGUUAUCUAGUCCUCCUCAUCUUAUAAGCCACGGUAAUACA